CAGCACAAAUGAGACAAUCAUUUGUCUGUUUAUAAAAACUAAGUUUUUCGUAGUUAUGAAUAAGUUUGUGACGGUAACGGCAUUAGUGGUCAUUUUGAUAGUGGCCGUCCAGUGUGGGGGCGGAGGCUACGGCGGUGGUGGUGGUGGCUAUGGUGGUGGUGGAGGUAAAGGUGGAUACGGUGGUGGCAGCCGAGGAGGUUAUGGCGGCGGAGGCAUAAGUAAAGGCGGUUAUGGAGGUGGCGGAUACGGUGGUGGAGGGUAUGGUGGAGGAUAUGGCGGUGGAGGCAAAGGAGGCUACGGUGGCGGUAGCCGAGGAGGUUAUGGGGGCGGCGGUAUAAGUAAAGGUGGUUAUGGAGGCGGCGGAUACGGUGGUGGAGGAUAUGGUGGCGGUUACGGUGGAAAGAGUGGAGUGGUUAUGGAGGCGGUUAUGGCGGUGGCAAACGCGGUGGAUAUGGAGGCGGCGGUGGUUACGGUGGCGGAAAACGAGGUGGUGGUGGAUAUGGUGGCGGAGGAUAUGGCGGUGGAAAGAGAAGUGGAGGCUAUGGAGGCGGAGGCGGCGGAUACCGAAAAGGCGGUGGAGGGGGAUAUGGCGGCGGCGGAUACGGCGGUGGCAAACGCGGUGGUUAUGGAGGCGGUGGUGGUUAUGGUGGCGGCAAACGAGGUGGUGGUGGAUAUGGUGGUGGAGGACAUGGAGGCAAAUACGGAAAAUAAAGUUCCAGAAAUAUCUUAA